AUGAUGCAAGCCCAAGGGAAAGCAAGUAAUCAAGGAGCACAAAUUUUUAUAGGAGAUCUUCAUCCUAGCGUUUCAGAAUCAGACCUAUUUCAACUCACUUCAAAAUAUGGUCAAGUAGUUUUUAUAAGAGUUCUCAGACACAUUGACACAAGAAUUUCACUAGGGUUUGCCUUUGUAAGCUUCACAGACCCAACUCUUAUUUACUUACUUAAUUAUUUAGUGUUUAAAGGUGUCUAGUGCCCGCUCCCUAUUUAAAUGUGGACUAAGCCAACUGGUGACGUCACUGGUGAAGUCAAAAUGGCAAGCCAUCGGACAACCCAGCGGUAACCCCAGGGCCACAUGUUUCACCCGACGCGUUAACAUUGCUCUCAUCAGACUUAGCUCCAGCGCGUGCUCCGCCUAAGGCACAGACCCAACUCAAGCAAAUACUGCAAGAGUUGAGCUGAAUGGGCUUGAUGUCAAAGGAAAGCAUAUUAGAGUUAUGAAAUACUGCAGAGAGCGCGACCCAGAAGCUAAUUUAUUUAUCAACAACCUGCCUGAAAACGUCACAAGUAAAGAAUUGGAUGAUUUUUUUAGUGUCUAUGGCAGUAUUUUGUCCACAAAACUAGUUUACGACUCCAACGAGCGUCCUCGAGGCUAUGGCUUUGUCCAAUUCGAAAAGCAAGAAUCAGCUAAAAAAGCAUUAGAAUCCACAAAAACCAUAGAUUUCAAAGGAAACAGACUCACCGUCGAAAAAUUUGUUCCUAUGAAAGAACGCAACGAUAUGUCAAAUAAUCGCAAUUUAUACGUAAGAGGCUUUGAUUCCUCAUUAUCAGUCGACGACCUCCACAGGCGAUUUUCUAUAUUCGGUACCAUCACUUCCCACGUUGUGAUGAGAAAUGAAUUCCAAGGCCAACCAAGGUUUUUUGGGUUUGUCUGCUUUGAUACCCCAGAAAAUGCCAAAAAAGCCUCAGAAGAAAUGAACGGAAAAUCUGAAGGAAAUUUUACAUGACUAGUAGUCCCUCAUAUGAAAAAAGCAUUAAGGCUGUCAAUAAAUAAAGCUAAUUAUCAAAAGAAAAUUGAGGAGUGGAAAAGAAAAAAUCUUUAUAUUAGAGGAAUCCCACCUGCUAUUGAUGAAGAAAAGCUGAGAAAAAUCUGUGAAGCGUAUGGGCAGAUUGAGUCUGUGCUGAUUCCAAAGACGGAAAAUGUGAGAUUUGAGGAUGGGAAACAGGUUAAAGAAUGGACACCGAAAGGAAUUGCAUAUGUAUGCUUUGCACAAGCUGAAUAUGCGAAUAAGGCACUGGCUGUGCUAAGAGAUACAACGUUAGAAGGGAAUAGACUGUUUGUAGCACAUUGGAAACCGAGGGAAGAGGUAGCAAAAUUGGUAGGGAUGAUGAAGAUGAGGAAGAUACAAAGCCAGAUGUGGGAGUAUGGGAUGAUUGGGAAUAUGAUGGGCCGAGGAAUGAGGGCUCCUGGGCCUAUGCCACCUAGGCCAAAGCCUGUACCAGAAGCUCCCAGUCAGUUGCUUAUUUCACAACCCUUCGUCCAUUACCCCCCACCUCCUCAGCCUCCUCCUGUUGCCCAGCUUCCUUUUAGCCUGGCUGACUUCACUGCUGCUGCUCCAGAGAUCAAAAAGCGUAUGAUUGGUGAAGCUAUUUAUCCUCCCGUCUUAUAUACAUAAAAUGGCGUAUGGCGACCGACCCACCCUCUCAGUGGUGGUUACCCAUGUAUAUCCGGGCAUGGUUUUUGGAGCCAGGAAUUAGCCCAACAACGUCUGGGACCUCGAAGCGAAAGGCCUAAGCGCGAGAGCCGCUGUUUUUGCGACCAGACCCAUGGGCAGUUAUUCGUGACUUCUUUUUGCCAGCAGCGCUCAGCCCAGUGAGUGCCCGAAAUGAGGCAGGGUGAAUUACCUGCCUAAGCUGCUUUAGUGGCUCGCCCCGAAUGGCGAAAGCUGUUGAGUUUUUUUCUCGGGAUGACCGGAAAAGAGGGGAGGCGAGUUAGACACCAAAACGGGGGUCUCUCCAGUUGAAAAGGUGCCCUUCAAUGGGCAGAUCUGGCGGACGACGAAGCGGAGUUGGCGUAAACUUAGGCGACGAUCCAAGUUGGAAAUGGAGUGGUCAGCAAAGCCGGUAUGAGACGGCCCUUGACAAUACCUCUACCGAGAAACCGGGGGUUUCGGCCCGGGCUUGGUGAACGCUCUGCCACCACACGGGAAACCGUGGCAUGCGACCUCGGACGUAGUAGGGACCUUAAAUACCCAGCGUAAUCUUAAUCUUAAUCUUAAUCUUAAUCCUCCCGUCUUAAAAUCUUCUAAUCAGCAAGUUGCAGGCAAAAUUACUGGUAUGCUUCUUGAAAUGGAUAACGCUGAGCUCCUUGGACUAUUACAGAACCCUCCUCUCCUUCUCGUUAAAGUUACAGAAGCCAUCGAAGUGCUUAAUCUCUAUCUAAUUAAUGAGCAUUUUUAUUUUAUUAUGAAUUAUACUUAUAAUUUUUAAACAUUUAAAUUUUAUAGGAAAUGCAAAUAUAUUUUAGCUUUAUAAUUUAUAUUUUUAGUAAAAUAAAAAAGAAAUGUUUAUUAUUAAUCAUAAUUAAAAUAUGGCGUCUUCGUCUGGGUAUGGCCUCUCGGCCAUACAUACUCGACUCAUAUUUUAAUUAUAUCCGGCAAGGUUUUGCCAUUCAGGAAAUGAGCAGCAAUGCAAGGUAAGCAAUUCUGCAGAGCAGAGCCUGGCCCAUGCUCAACGACCAGAAUGAUUUCGGAAAGCCAACUCUCGUCAGCUCAAGCAGCAGUCACAGAAAUCCAUAGCCCGCCCACUCAACACUUAAGCCGCGGGAUUCCGGGGUAAGGAGGAGGUGUAUGUCUCCUUGGCUGGCCUUUAUGACCAGUUGAGACUAUACCUCAAAGCAGGUGAACCCUAAUAUUGGGUCCUUGGCGACUGCGUUAACAAUACGGCAGACGCCUAUUAAUGUAUAAGUAAAUAAGUAAGUUUAUUAUUAAUCUGGGGAGGCUAGAAAAGCUUGGGCAACAAACUCCGAUCUCUUAAAGUUGCUGGAUGCUAAAUAA